GGUUUCACGUUUCAGUUUUAAUGAGCCUUUUGUUACAUUCAUUGUGUCAGUGUAUAUAAGUCUAAUUCCGCAGAACUGCUAACUAUUUAAAUAGAAGUCACAUCUGUGGGCUCUUCAAAUGUUAGUCUAGGCCUGUGAAGCAAGCCAUCCAAAGCAUGCCCCCGCAACGCUGGUCGAGUCCGCUGUGUGACGCGCCUGGACCGCGGAGCUGUCCCGCAGAUCUUGGUGCUGAAACCGCCGUACUGCCUCACGGGUGAGCCGCGUCUUUCACCGACUCUGUUCUUUGGUGCCGAAGGUUCAACGUGGCUUUUCUUUUGGAUUCUGAAACAUACACACUCGUAUACAUGGAAUAUUUUUUUAUUUUUCAUUCUCUAGUUUUCGACUGCACUCAAGAAAGCAGAUCACGCCUUGCAGGUUUCACAUUUCGAUCGGAAUAUCUCCGAAAGGAAAGGGUAUGUGUUUCGUGAAGUCUCGGAGCAAAUAUAAUGUUAACUGCAGGAAUCGGCAAUUCCAGCUGCAUUUUACGCGGAUAUACAGGGGACAGCGGCUGGAAUAACAAUUUAACCUACGCUGGUAAAAUGAGACUGGAAAUAACGCUUAACCGGGAAAUGGAACAAGCCAAUUACGGUACAAAAUAAACCAACGUUGUAUGUGCAUAUAUUGCAAUGACAUAACAUUAUCAGGUAUAAUAUAAGCUCAAGAAGUCCAAAAAAUACAUUCAUCCGAAUGUGAAAGCACACUAUACGGGAAUUUUAAUGCUGUUUUUCUGGAAUCCUGGAAAAUACACACAGGCAUACAGAUGGAACCUUGAUGUACGAGAACGUUGUAUUUUCUUUUAAAAGGGAGGCGAUCUGUCUGAGGUUAUAGAUUUUUGGAGAGGUUACGUUUGCUAUUAAAAUUAAACUUACUUUACUGCUCAUAGGGCUCGUCAACAAGCAACGGUUCCCAGUUUUCUACAUGCUAAGUAUAUAUUUGAACACCCAUUUUGGCUUCCAGAUAAUAUAUACUCUUUUGGCAAUAAUUUAACUUCUAUACAUUAUUUUUAAAGAAAGUAUUACUAGCCUCGCAGACUCGCUGAAAUGACAGAUUAUGUCACAGCAUGUGGAUUUAUUUGAAAUGCAGAAGAAAUCAAUUUACAUAACAGAUGUUCCACAGUAACUACGAAAGCACUGUGGCGAAAAGAAUACAUGUGAACCAACAUGUUACUGGAAGAAGACCUUCUCUUAAAUGUACACGUUGAGCUAUAUGAGAUACUGAAUCACAACUAAAUUGCAAAUGAAACUUUUAGUUUUAUAUCAAAUGUUACACCGAAGCCAGUAAUUCUAAAAAAACCUGAAAGCCCAGAGGCUCGAAGAAACAACUUCGCCUGUAACCUUUCUGAGUAACCGUCUCUCUACUGUAACGGAAACAAAAAGAGCACAUGUUAGUAGCGGCUGGGAUCAUUUUAUGGUGCUGUGGAAUACUAAGUCACGGACAAAUGCUGCGCCACCAGGGCUUGCUGAAGAGCCGCUGCUGCGUCUUGUUCAGUGACCUGAAGGUUUUUCUGCUCAGGCCGCCGGCUCCUUCGGCUCCGCCACCUCACUUCAUCCCCAUGAGCGGCGGAGAGCCACACAACCAAAGCAGCACCGUCUCAUCCGCCAGCAGCGCUCACGAUAACAAUAACACCUUGAUAAGUUACCCCCAGCGGGCAGCCUGGGUGUCGCCGACGGUAGGGGGCGCUGCACGGGAAGAGGUCGAGGUCUGGGUCGGACCCGCAGCGGAGCUCUCGGCGUCCCUUGUGAGCAGCUUCUCUUCGGAUGAUUUGAACAAAACGAAAACGGAGGACCACUUCUCGUUGAGCAGCAGCUCGGAGAGUGGCAUCCGGACACCACUGUGCAGGAUCUGCUUCCAGGGAGCCGAGCAGGGAGAACUGCUCAGCCCGUGCCGUUGUAGUGGAUCGGUGCGCUGCACUCACCAGCCCUGUUUGAUCAAGUGGAUCAGUGAGCGUGGCUCUUGGAGUUGUGAGCUCUGCUACUACAAAUACCACGUCAUCGCUAUUAGCACCAAGAACCCAUUACAGUGGCAAACAAUCUCACUGACGGUGAUUGAGAAGGUGCAGAUUGCGGCAGCCAUCCUGGGAUCCCUCUUCCUUCUUGCCAGCAUCUCAUGGCUCAUCUGGUCCUCACUCAGCCCAUCUGCCAAAUGGCAACGCCAGGACCUGCUCUUCCAGAUCUGCUACGGCAUGUACGGCUUCAUGGAUGUUGUCUGUAUUGGUUUAAUUUUCCAUGAAGGUCCUUCAGUGUAUCGUAUCUUUAAGCGGUGGCAGGCUGUAAAUCAGCAGUGGAAAGUUCUCAACUAUGACAAAAUGAAAGACAGUGAGGAGCAGAAAAUGGUAGCAAGUCCUAGGCACGUGGAGCAACAGACUCAGAGCAGCAGCCAAGCGGGUGUGCCCUCCUCCACUUCUUCCUCACUCGCAGCUGCUGCCGCCACCACCACGAGUGCCACUCCAGACUCCUUAGAGAUCACUGCAGGGACGGUACUUCCACUGGGCUCUACCAGUAGCACUGGGCCAUCGCUAAUGGACAACCACUGUACUUAUUCUAUUUUGCACCUGCUUAGCCACCUCCGGCAACAAGAGCCGCGAGGGCAGGCUGGCAACUGCAAUCGAGAGUUAGUUAUGAGAGUAACCACAGUCUGAUGAGUUUAUUUUUCUUUAGGCCUUAUUGGUAGGAAUUGAUGAAGAAAAAAGGCUUAAAGGCAGACAAGUAAUUGCUUCCUGGAAAAAGGAGUUAAAUGCUCCACCUAAGCCAUCAGGUGGUCCAGCAAGGUCAUCUGUGUAGCUUUCGGUAGGUGAGCAACAAAUUGAAAAUCUGGAUGCAAGGAUCAGUCAGACUUGGAUCAAGUCACUCACAGUUGGGCUUGUUAAUUGAGCAAUUUAUGACAGGUUCAGAUACGAGUAUUUUGUGCUUCUAGACUGAGAAUUUUUUGGCAGUUACAGGAUAUUACAGGUCCUGUAGAUUUAUUUUAAAUGAAACUGAGGCUGCUAUGCAGUCUAAAUGGGCCUUUGGGUUGGCACCUUGCAUCUCUGAAUUACAGCAGAAAUUGCAACCUUACUGAAAACUGUCAAAGAAUGUGUGAAGCAUACUUUCUAAUUUGUGAAGAAUGGAAAAAUAACAUGGCAUCCUUUUUUGUACUGCAGAUAUACACACACACACAUGCCAGCCUUAACUAUGACCAAAAUCUCACAAAAUAAGGUAAUGUUAAGCCAUGGCAGAGAAUAGCAGCAGGUUAGCUGCCCGGUACUCUGCAGCCACAACAGAUGUGGAAAAUCAUCAGGAGUUCAACUUCAUUAAAGUCUUAUUUGGAAAGCCACUUGGUAAUUGUAACAACAGUUGUUGUCUUUUAUUCUAAUCAGAAAAUGAUGUCUGGCAUUCUGCCCAGAGAAACACCUAUUAGGAUUUUUUAAAACAUUCCUCCCUUUCCCUGCAAAACAUUGCCGGGAGUGCCCUAUGCAAAACCAGUUGCCCAGUAUACCCAGACAGAUUUGGCCAGUAUCUCCAUGCAGAUUUAGUCCAAAUGUCUAGUCCAUUUCUCAUCUGGUAACAUCAACAAAGCACAUUCAUGCAUUUAUUCCCUGGGAGUCUGUAAGCCAUCCACCAUGCAGCAGCAGCUUUUUGGAAUUCUGAAGAAAUCCUUCUUUUUAAUUAGACUCCAGAUGUCAACAAUUACCACAGUCCAGGUUUGUAAAGACUUCAUAAUCCUAAUAAAGUGUUUCUGACAUAUUCUGCUCAUCAUACAUUUCUGUAGUCUGAGGCUUCUCUGUGUCUGCAUGUGUUAAAUAUUGUUUCAUCAUAUGGAUUACUUACAUUGGCACAAAAUAAAAUAAGCUGUUCUCUACAAUGAUGCUGUGUGUAAGU